AUGUCUGACCCUCCUCGAGAUAUUCUCCAGCUGUGCAGCAGCGUCUGGAGCUCAAUCACCUCAUCCCUUACAGCAGGGGAGAGUCACUCGGACCCCCUCGCGCUCACAGGAGGCAUCCCUUCCUUGCAAGCGAGCCGGAUCAGAGAGUCGAUCCUGGUGCACUCGGCCGAUGGGACCGUCGGCGAUCCUCUUGAGAAGCACGAUAACACGGCCGUCAACCAACCUACGAGGGAGAGAGUGGACUUGAAACCCUCCUACCAGUUUGUUCCUAAGACCUCGUACGUGCAUGUUAAUGUCUUCCACGGGGAGCAGUCGUGCAUUCCAGGGCUGCAGGCGGACGGAAUCAGGCAGUCCAUACUUCCCAACCUGGAACCAGCCAAGUUUCCACGUAGCAAGAUCUUUGUGUUUGAGGAGGUGGAAGGGUUGCAGGCGAGCCAGAUCAGCCUGGCGAUCAUUCCUGAUGAAGCGGAAGGAGAGGAAAGAUACCCCGAGCUCGACUGGUUCCUCAAGCAGUGCGAGCAGAAGGCGCGACAGUGUGACCAGUCCUUCUCCUCCAGCGACGUCUACGACGGCAUCUCCCGCAUAGACGUCGAGGACACGCCAGCAUGUGAAGUCGCUCAUCAUGACGUGGCAGGGCUGGAAGGUGACGUCAUCCUUGUGCGCAAGUCUUGCAGGAUCUCCCCGAUGACGGUGGAGCACAAGAUCCUCGAGUCGUUGCGGCUGCAGGGCAUCCUGAGCGAGGAGACGUCGGUCAAGGAUCUCUUUCCUCAGCCCAAGGACGUGGUGGAGGACCUCCACGCGUUGCCUGUGGGGAAUGAGCCGAGCUUGGACGAGACUAUCAGCGAACCUUUCCACAGUGGGGAGCAGAGACUGGAGUCAGAGAUACCAGAAGGGCAAGAGGAGCUGGUUCAGCAGGAGGAGGAAGAGCGGGCUGUGUCGCUAGCCCGUCCGUCCGCACCUUCGACGCCAGUGGGAGCACAAGACCAGCAGAGCGUGCGGACGCCCUUAGGGAGCAAGAGCUCGAGCAACACCAUGCGGAAGCAGGCACAGAACAACGUCCUGAUACGGAACGGAUAUCAGAUUAUCAGGAAGGACGGGUACCAGAUCAUCAAGAAGGUCACUGGGGGGGCUGGAGACAAGGAGAACAGAAGCCCCGCAGACGAGGAGGAGGAGAACCGCCGGAGGUCCGCAGGAAGCUUCUCGUUCGACCAGCUUCUCGCGUACGCUUCCAACGGAGGAAAAGUUCCGAAAUCAGGAGGAGACUCGAACGUGAAGAAGGCUGCUCAGCCCGGCCCUCCCCGCCCGGCUUCUCCUCCUCACGGUCAGGGCAAGAGAACUUCGGCAACAGGCUUCGGAUUCCAUGAGCUCCUGUCCUUCUUCAAAACCAUGCCGGAGGAGGAGAUGAUGCAGGAGAAGGAAGAGUUAAGUGAUGCGAGCGGAUGCUCUUCUCCUUCCCAAGGCUGCGACACUUCACUCGAGCUGGAAAAGCGUGAAAGGAUGAGAGACCUGAGGACCGUGUUCGAGCUCUCAGCGGACUACUACGAGUUGGUCGACAGGAGAGAAGAGAGUCUGGAUGUGAUAUGUUGA